AUGACUGAUGAUGAUUUUAGCCAUUACGUACCUUCUAUUCUAAAUCCACGAUCUGUAAAGAAAUCUGAUUUAAACUUGACACAGCGAUCAAUAUUCACUCAAAAUUCACUGUCCUUAAAAAGGGUCAAAGUUCCAUCAGAUACGUCUUACAAGAAGUCAGUUAAGGGUUUAGGGAAGAAAUUUCAAAAUAACAAAGAGAAUAUUGAAAUCUCAAGUUGUGUUACUGAAAAGAUAGAUUUUGGACCUCUGGACAAUCAAGAAUCUUGGAAUUCCAUUAACUUCAGUUCAAAAUCUUUAUCAACAUUGGAGUCUAACAAUUCAGCCACAUCUAUUCUAAGAUCUGACAGAUCAUUAGCAACAGAUUUAUAUGGAAAAGCAGACAGGGAAGCAUACAAUGUCUCAGUUUCUUUAAAACAUUCAAAAAUCACAAUAAGUACUAAAGGCAACUCUAUAAAGAAUAUUGCAGUAUCAAACUCAAAUACAAAAAUGCAUGUCAGUUGCAUAGUUGUUGAAAGUUCAGUUUCUGAACAGGAGUCAAGUCCAGAUAAGAAGAAACUUUCUAUACAGAGUCGUUCAAAGAGAUCAAGUGCAUCUGUCAAUCUAGAAAUAAAAAAACAAAAGUUAUCACACAAUAAAGAGGGAGAGAAGAUUCUUAUUUUGAAAUCCUGUGAUGCCAAGCUGUCAGAUGUCAUAGUUCAGCCAACAAAUUACAAAUUUAUCAAACAAAAAAUUCAAGACCAAUGUAAAUCUGUUUAUGAAGUGAGGAAUGGGAAGAUUGGUCAUUUGAAACAACGAUCUAUUGACUCAUACUUUGCUAAUGUCAGUCGGUUAAAGCAGGUUUCUGAAGGUAAAUUAGCUUGUUUGGGGAAUGCUAGUUUAACAGAUAAGGAUUCAGCACAGAAUGUGUCACAUGACAUGAGUAGAAACUUGUGUGUUGCUGCUAGACAUGACACCCAAUCCACUAAAAAUGGUAAACGGAUUGAGUAUUGCAAAUCUCCAAGGAAAUUGUCGCACAGAUCUAUGUCUCCGAGAGUGGAGACCAAGGAAUCUUUUACACCAGCGAAGGUAAAGAAUGAAAGUUUAGGUUCCUACUCGCCGAGGAGAAUUGCAGAUUCCAUACAGUUCAGUUUGCCAGCAAAAUCUAAGUCGAAUAAAACUUCCACUGUGAAUAAAGUUGUUCCACAUUAUAAAAUCGUUGCAGGUACUCAUUUUGCAGUAGAUGCUUUCUCUUAUGGAGACAUACCAAAUGUUAGACACUAUUUCCUUACACACUUCCAUUCAGACCACUAUUCUGGAUUGAAGAAGGGUUUUAACAAAAUGCUAUUUUGUUCCAAAAUUACUGCGGAUCUUUGCAUCUCCAGAUUGGGCGUGGGCGUAAAGUAUAUUCAUAUAAUGAACGUGGACGAAACUAUUAAAAUUGAUGGGGUCGAAGUAACAGCGAUUGACGCCAACCACUGUCCAGGUGCAAUAAUGCUGGUCUUCAGUCUUCCCAACGGCAAGACUCUGCUGCAUACCGGAGAUUUCAGGGCUUCACCUGUUAUGGAGUCGUAUCCCAUUUUCUGGAAUAAAGACAUUCAUACCGUCUACCUUGAUACUACGUAUUGCAACCCACGCUAUGACUUCCCAACGCAGGACGAAAGUCUAGAGAGGGCGCUCUUUCACCUGAGACAGAAGAAAACGGCGCUCGAGAAAGCUGGAAAGAAAUUCUCGUCCGUCCUAAUCGUCUGUGGCACAUACACUAUCGGUAAAGAGAAAUUCUUUCUGGGUAUGGCGCGUCGCGUGGGCUGCACGGUCUGGGCUUGCCCCGAGAAGGACCGAGUGCUGCAAGCCGUGGAAGGUCGGAGUUUCAGCCACGCCCCACCUCAGUCUUGCCAGUUGCACGUCGUACCUAUGCGGGACCUCACUCACGAGAAGUUACGCAGUUACCUGGACAGUCUACAAGGCGCAUUUAGUGAAGUUGUGGCUUUCAAGCCGAGUGGAUGGGAGAACGGCAAGAACUCCUCCGUCGAAAAGGAUUCUGUCACUAUACACGGUAUACCGUACAGUGAACAUUCAAGUUUUUCAGAAAUGAUCCGAUUCGUGAAGUAUCUAAAGCCGAAGCAAGUUGUUCCCACCGUAGACAUUUCUGGAGGCAUAAAGGCUGUUCAGAAGUACUUCCCUUGUCCGCUGGUGUACAAAGAAGAUCUGCAAAACCAGGCCAAAGUCACCGACUACUUUAGUAUACAGAGCAGACAUCAACCGGCUAUUACCUGA